AUGUCUUCCAAGACGCUCACAACAUUCGCGACUCGCACCGACAGAACCCUUGUUUUCUCGACAGAUCAACUCAGCCCCAUCCGCAAGAUCGAUAACAAGCUGGCAACAUGGCAGAAUGGUUUUGCCAGACCAGACAUCUAUGACGUGGACCGCAUCGUCAAAGAAAGGCGCUUACCACACAACGCUGCCGAGGUGGUCGAACGCUGGCUUUCCGAAUGUCGCAGCAACGAAGUCGCAGUCAACUCCGACGACUUUCAGAUUAAGCUGUUCUACGAAAGCGUGGUGCGGGACUGCGAGGACCAGUUGUACUGUUAUCGGAACAUGCGGGUCGUAAAGACGCGCAGAUUUGAACGCAUCGAACGGAAUCUGGCAAAGCUUGCCAUGUUGACCGCAUAUGUCGAUCAGAAGGUCGACGAGAAGGUCGACGAGGGGGGAGACAGCUCAGCACCAACCACUACCCCAGAAACUGAAGCUGCGCUACCAACCUCGGAACCGCUGAAUCUCGAACUUGUCAGAAGACAUACAUGGAUGUCGGAUUCGGAGGACGAAGACGAGCAGCAGCAUGAGCCUGCUUCUCCGGAAGACGAAGAGUUGUACGAUAUGAGGAGACGGUCAUCGCUCGCGACAGAGGAUUGGGCUCGUCGCGAGGCCGAACGAGAGGAGGAGCGGCUACAGCUGGCGAUGAGGUAUAAGUGGCCGGUGAACAUGCGCAGGGCCAAGACGCAAUAUGAGCGGGCUAUGAAGAAGCAGGAGUGGGAGCGCGACGAGGUCGAGCCCCUGAGACACAGUUGCACUUUCUGA